AUAUUCUAUUUUCCUUUCUGGUUUACUGUUUGUUUUGUCAAAAAGGUUAAUCAAAUCACGAUCGUACAUACGCGAGUGUUUUUAAUGUUUGUAUUUUUAUUUUAAUUCUAACAACAUUUUUUUUUGCGUAUGUGUUGUUUUGUUCAGUUAUUGGUUUAUAUACUUUGACUCACCCAAUUGAAUUUUGUUUGAGACUGUGCCAAAAGGACUCUUUGUGAUUUUUUAUUUUUUUUUCGGGUUUAAUUUAAUAAGUUUGUUAUUGAUUUCAGAUAUUAUUUUAUUUUUCAAAUUAUAAAUGGGUUUUUUUUUCGUUUGGUUUGAAUCGUAGAAGCGAUUUCGUAUCUUAGGGUUCCUCAUUAUACUUUCUCUUUCUAACCACUGCUUCGAUUUUGUGGCUUUGAUUUUCGUUCUGAUUUCUUUGCCAAGCUUUUGUUUUUAACUCGUUUUACCAAUUGGGCCGCUGAUUCUCGCUUCAAUUUGAUAUGGGUCGUUGUUUUUUCUUCAAUCUCAGAGUUUCUGUUGUUAUCCCUAAAUUCUUGGGCUAAAACUUUGAUUAUUGGUUUCUUUGUGGGUGGAUUUGUAAUAUUGGAGAGUUGUUUUGGUGUUUUCUGUGUUUUGAUUUUGGCAUUGGAGAGUUGUUUCAGUUGUGAGAAGUUUGGUGUUACUGUUUUUUUUCUGAUAUAAUUUUUUUUGGAGAAGUUUGGCUCUGUCAUGCAUACAUGAUGUUACAUUUUCAGGGUGUAUCAAGACAUUGUAGUCUCCUUGCUGUUUUGAGUGGUAAAUCACAUGAUACUAAACAAAAGCAGAAGGAGAAUGAUGCUUCUGAGGAUCAAUAUUCAUCGUACCACUUUCCAGAGCUUUCUUCGUCCGGGCGUCUCGAGGUUAAAGUAUUGAAUAAACCUAGUGCCGAUGAACUCGGUCGAGUUUUAGAACAACUGCAGCCGGAUUUUGUUUACUUGCAAGGUCAGCAGCUAGAUGAUGGGGGAGAAAUUGGGUCUCUUGUGUGGGAGGAUUUUGACCUCUCUACCCCAGAAGCCUUGUGUGAAUUAUUUUCUUCCAAAUUACCUAAUACUGUUUACUUGGAAACUCCCAAGGGUGAAAAAUUGGCAGAGGCACUCCAUUCUAAGGGAGUUCCUUACACUAUAUACUGGAAGAAUGAUUUUUCAAAGUAUGCGGCGUCGCAUUUUCAUCAAGCUUUCUUCUCAGUGGCACAGAGUACAUCCAGCCAUACAUGGGAUGCUUUCCAACUUGCUCAAGCAUCUUUUAGACUAUACUGCGUGCAAAACAAUGUCAUACCUCACAACAGUCGGAAGGGUGGUGGUAAGCUCGGGCCACAAGUUCUUGGGGAACCCCCUAACAUCGAAGUUAGUCCAUGUGAAGAAGACAUGAAGGAAGAAGAUGAAGAUGAUGAAAGUUCACCUGGGACUAGUUCUUCUAUAAAGAUAUACGAUGAUGACGUGAAUACAAGAUUUCUUGUUUGUGGAGUUCCGUGCACAUUGGAUGCAUGUUUAUUGGGGUCGUUAGAGGAUGGACUCAAUGCUCUCCUAUGUACAGAAAUACGUGGAUGUAAACUUCAAAAUCGGACAAGUGCUCCACCACCACCUCUCCAGGCAGGAACAUUCUCGCGUGGUGUGGUGACUAUGCGUUGUGAUAUAUCCACAUCUAGUUCCGCUCAUAUAUCACUUUUGGUUUCUGGUAGUGCAGAUGCUUGUUUUAAUGAUCAGCUUUUGGAGAAUCAUAUUAAGAAAGAGCUCACUGAGAAUAGUCAACUUGUUCAGGCAAUUCCUAGUCAUGAACAAAACAAAUUACCUUCCUACGAGCCUCGAAGAUCAGCCUCAGUAGCCUGUGGAUCUAGUGUGUUUGAAGUUUGUAUGCGAGUUCCUACAUGGGCUUCACAGGUUCUAAGACAACUUGCACCAAAUAUGUCAUACCGCAGCCUAGUUAUGUUGGGAAUAGCUAGUAUUCAAGGAUUGCCAGUUUCAUCUUUUACUAAAGAUGACGCAGAACGUCUCCUUUUCUUUUGCACUAGGCAGGAGAACGAUAACUGCUCCAAAGAUAUUGUUUUCUCGAGUCACCCGGGUUGGUUGAUGCCUCCUGCACCUAGUCGAAAACGAUCUGAACCAUGCUCAAGACUAAAACCUAUUAAUGCUAGUGGCGUGGAAGUUGAAGAUAGUGGCAGUGAUAGACAGAAAUUAAAUUUCACUGCAAUGAGGCCGAUCCCUCAGUCUCAUCGUCAAAAGUUUCUCCCCUUUUCUGGAUUUUCCGAGGGAGAAAGAGACGGAGACCAUGGAAAAUCAAAUCAGCUAAUUGUUCCAAUUAAACAUAAUGGUUUAGGCCCCCAUUCAGUUACAAACAGGAAAUCUGUGUCGAACUCGUUUCAAGCUCACCAGAUAAUAUCAUUGAAUCCGCUACCUAUGAAAAAGCAUGGUUGUGACAGAGCUCCAAUACGAGUUUGCUCAGAGGAGGACUUCCUGAAGGAUGUAAUGCAAUUUUUGGUCCUUCGAGGGCAUACUCGCCUAAUUCCACAAGGCGGCCUUGCCGAGUUCCCUGAUGCCGUUCUGAAUGCUAAACGUCUUGACCUUUUCAACUUGUAUAGAGAGGUGGUUUCGAGAGGAGGAUUUCACGUCGGAAAUGGUAUCAAUUGGAAAGGACAAGUUUUCUCAAAGAUGAGCAAUCACACUCUAACACAUAGAAUGACAGGUGUUGGCAAUACACUCAAAAGGCAUUAUGAAACUUACCUUUUAGAAUACGAAUUAUCUCACGACGAUGUAGAUGGAGAGUGCUGCUUAUUGUGUCAUAGUAGUGCAGCAGGUGAUUGGGUGAACUGCGGUAUAUGUGGUGAGUGGGCUCAUUUUGGCUGUGAUAGGCGGCAGGGACUCGGAGCAUUUAAGGACUACGCUAAAACUGACGGGCUGGAGUACGUUUGUCCGCACUGCAGCAUAUCAAAUUUCAGUAAAAAAUCUCAGAAAACUGCAAAUGGUUAUUAACAGGUUAAUCAAUGCUGGCGUUAACAAAUUUACUUAUCUUUUUGUGCUUGAUCCCUAGGUUUGUAGGAGUUCAAUGCAAUUGUUUGAGUUAUGUUAAAUGAUUUGGAAUUUUGACACUAUGGUCACAAAAAAGGACCAUCAAAAUUUUCUUAUGUAUAUCCUCUAGAGAAAGAAAUACAGGAAAAGGUUUGUAUAUUGAAUGAUUAACUCAAUUUUCCAUAUUGGUGCUGGUAAGUAAUUCAGUAGUUUUCAGCAUUUAUGUUUCUAAAACUAUGUCUGUAUACUUUUGAUUGAAUAUUUUAUGUGUUGUGUUUAGU